AUGAACAUUGAUUUUUCAAGAAUUCUUAAUCUAGUUAGUGAAAUACCAUCCCAAAUAUUUAAAUAGACUUGUCUAACUAAUUUACCUGAAAAUUAAAUGGAUGAAAUCAAUAAAACCAUUCCUAUUCUAAAAUCAAAUUUAAUCAUAUAUUCCAGCAUCUAAGAAAGUUUCCUCAAUAUAUCUGUAUUACUCAUACCUAAUUUACUUGUUAUUGCUGAUCAAUAUUUAGUACUAUCAAAUUGUAGAAUUACUAAAUUGAAAUAAUGUUCCAAAUUUGAUCUCUCUGCUAUAUAACUAUCAAGUGCAACGGGUCAUCUUUUGUUGUUCUUUAAUACCAAAUAACAAUAUUCAGAAUGGAUGCCUAAAUUGAAAUCCUUUUGCAAAUUAACUAACUUUUCAAAUAAGUUUUCAUUAUUGGAACAGAUCAUCAAAGAUUAUUAUAUUAUUCAACAUAAAAAAACCAAAAAAUAUUAUACCGCUUAUGUCCAUUCUAUUAGAGCCUCCUCACCAAUUGACAUUUUAAAUAGUGAAAUUUAAACCUUAAGAAGUAUUAAACACCCAUCCUUGUUAGACCUAAAAUGGGUGUAUGAAGAUCAUCAUUAUAUAUACUUAAUAUAUGAAUAUUUUAGAUGUGAGAAAUUAUUAGAUCUCCUAAAUUAAGGUUUGAUUUUAGAUCAAUCACAAUUAGCAUCAGUAUUUUUGACUUACUUAAUUUUAGAUAAUUUUGUAAUUAUUGUAAUCUCUUAAAUUUUUAAGAAAAAAUAACAUUUAUCAUGGUAACAUUACUCCAAGCAACAUCCUUAUCAAUACCUAAUCUUCAUAUCUUUAAUUAUUUAUUGUUAAUAUGGCAUUUAUAAGUAGAAUUGACUAAGAACCACUUGAUUAAUACUUAUCAAAUGUGCAUGAGAGCUACAUAGCUCCUGAAAUUUAAUAGGGUAUUGCAAAACCAUCAGUAGAAAGCGAUAUAUAUUAAAUAGGAAUUGUAUUAUAUUUUUUGACAUUCUAUGUACAUCAAAAAAGAAAAGAUGAAAGAGUAGAUAAAAUUUAAUUCGAUUUAAUUGAUAAAGCAGAAGAAUAUUUAUCACAACUUGAUAAGAAUACUUAAUGUAUAAAUUACUUAAUUUAAGAUAAGCAUAAAAUGGUGUAUUGUGCAUCUCAAUUAGAUUUAAUGAGAAGACUACUUGAUAAAAAAGAGAAUAGAAUAAAAUUAGAAGAAGCAAUUAAACAUCAUUGGUUUAUAAAUAUAAAAUAGAAAUUAAAACCUAAAGUAGAACGAAGAAAACAACAUCUACCUUCAUUAAAAACAAUAAUUGAAUUAUGUGAAUAAAAUGAAUUUUCAAAACACUUUGAAAAAUAACAGAAAAUAAUAGAUGAGGAAUCAGGUAUUUUUAGUAUAUGAUAUAAUGAUUAGUACUUGAAGAGAAUAAUUCAAUACAAGAGUUGAUGCAUUAAUUAGAGCAGAAUCAACAAUCGAAAAGACCUUCAAAAGAGAAUCAUGAGAAAUUGAGAAUGUUUGAAUAAUUUAAAACUCAAAUAGAAAGUGAAAAGACAAGUUAAGAGAAAUAAUUUAUGUUUUCGAAAAGUAUUUUGUGAUGA